ACUGCCAAAACAAACAACAGAGAGAAGAAGAGACAGAAGGCAUUCGACUAUUUGGCACCCAUUUACGAACUUUCCUUCCAAAUAUGCAAACAAUGUUCAAAUAAUUGCACAUUUGACAUGCUUUCUACAUGGAAUGUCACAACGCGCUCGCCAUGGCGGACAAUUGCUCCUUUUUGGACCUGGACCUUUCGGCUGAACAAGACCGGUGACGUUUUUUUCGGCCCCUGUUUGUGCAGCUAGCGUUAGCCACAUCGGCUAACACUAGCGCUCUGCGACCGAAACGCAAGCCGGAGUUGGUUCGUCGUUAUGUGGCACUCGACCGCAAAGUGAGGCGACUCCGGACGGAGUACGCAGUCGCCAACCCCGACGCAAGGAGCGAGCGCUCCGGUUGUUCCGAUUUCACCAAGCUGGUCUUAAAGUUAUCGGUAUGUUAUUUCACAAGUGUGGCGAGAGACUGUAGUUACAAUGUUAUACCUGGCGAAGGGUUAGUUAACUCUGGUCGGGAUUGUUUCAGCGAUGUAGCGUCGGCGGACAGCAGCCGCUGAAAGUCCCCCUUGACUCGAGCUAAGGGGGUGAGGGUCAGGGUGAGGGUACAAUUAUGUCGUGCAAAGCCGCCACCAAGGACAAGAAGACCAGCUUCGGCAAGAAGCUCUUCAGGCGAGGCUCGGUGCGCUCCGUGGGUAGCUUUAUGAGCAGAGUCCUGAGGACGCUCACAGCCUUGUCCCAUUUUGGUUCCGAAGUGCAAACCGACGACGACAAGGAUGACGGCGGCUUCUCCGCCUUUCACUCCGGACUUAAGGACGCACCCUUGGACGACGGAGACCUCGGGGGGUUCCUCUCGGGCGAGAGGAUCCCUGGCGUGGCUGGCUUGAAGAACCAUGGCAACACCUGCUUCAUGAAUGCUAUUCUGCAGUGCCUCAGCAACACUGAGCUGUUUGCCGAGUAUCUCGUUCUGGAGCAAUACAGGGAAGGUGAGGCGAACCAGGAGAAUAAACCAAAGACAAAUGGCAUCCAUCUGCAGAAUAAAGCUUCCAUGGCCAAGGGGGAAGUGACAGAGCAACUGUCCGGACUUGUUCGGGCUUUAUGGACUUUUGAGUACACCCCUCAGCACAGCAGAGACUUUAAGAACGCGGUGUCCAAAAACGCCACGCAGUUUAAAGGGAACGCUCAGCACGACGCCCAAGAGUUCCUGCUGUGGCUGUUGGACCGAGUGCACGAGGACCUCAACACCGUCAGCCCCAUCGGCAGGCCAACCAUGAGGCCACCUAUCGACGAAGAUGACCAAAACGCGCAGGGACCCUCCCCGCCCCUCUCGGCUGGCUCGUUUGUUCAGGAGCUUUUUCAGGCUCAGUACAGGUCUUCCCUCACCUGCCCCCAUUGCCAAAAACAAAGCAAUACCUUUGACCCUUUUCUGUGCAUCUCCUUACCCAUCCCGCUGCCACACACGCGGCCGCUAUACAUCACAGUGGUCUACCAGGGGAAAUACUCUCACUGUCUGCGGAUUGGGGUGGCCGUGCCCCUUAACAGCACCGUGUACCGCCUCCGAGAUGCUGUGUCGCGCGAGACCAAAAUGCCAAUGGACCAGUUCAUUCUGACCGAGAUGUAUUACGACGGCUUCCAUCGUUCCUUUUGCGACGACGACGAUGAUCUGGAUAUGAUCCAAGAGAGUGACUCCAUCUUUGCCUUUGAGACACCGGAGACAUUUAAACUGGAGAACCUACGCACAAAAAGAGGAAGUCUUCUGGCCAACCUGAAUCACAACAACUUGAAGUACGGCGUGGAAAACGGCCGCACGCCGUCUUUCAUGCAAGGGGCCUUGACUCCCGUGGCAUCCCCAAGUAAGAACCUGGCGCCGGAGAAAAUGAUCCUACUAGUUUGCAACAGAGCCUGCACCGGCCACCAAGCAAAAAGGUUUGGCUUGCCUUUUGUACUGUACAUAGAGCGCACGGCCAACUGGGACACAUUGCAGAAGGAGAUUUUGGAAAAAAUGCGGCAUCUUUUGCGAACUGGAGUCUACAUUCAGGUGGGGCCUUUCAGUCUCCGUGUGGUUGGUGUGGUUGGGAUCACCUACCUCCUCCCUCAAGACGAGCGACCGCUGUGUCACCCCACGGUGGACAGAGCAUACAAAUCCUGCGGACAGGGUGGACCGCCCCAUGUGAAAAUCGUGGUGGAGUGGGACAAAGCGACCAAAGACUAUUUGUUCGGACACACGGAGGAGGAGUACAUCCCUGACGCCGAGAGCGUGUACCUGCACAGAGAACAGCACCACCAGCCGCAGGCCUGCACGCUGGCUCAGUGUUUCCAGCUUUACACGAAAGAGGAGCAGCUGGCCCCGGAUGACGCCUGGCGCUGCCCACAUUGCAAACAGCUGCAACAGGGCCGUAUCAAACUCAGCCUGUGGACGCUGCCGGAUGUGCUCAUACUGCACCUCAAGCGGUUCAGACAGGAGGGCGACCGCAGGGUGAAGAUGCAGAACAUGGUGAGGUUCCCUCUCAUGGGCAUGGACAUGGCACCUCACGUGGUGAAAAGAAGCCAGAGCAGCUGGAGCCUCCCCUCGCACUGGUCACCGUGGAGAAGACCCUACGGUCUGGGGAGGAACCCAGAUGACUUCCUGUACGACCUCUACGCCGUGUGUAACCAUCACGGGAGCAUGCACGGAGGCCACUACACGGCCUGCUGCAAGAACUCAGUCGACGGUCAGUGGUACUGCUUUGAUGACAGCGAGGUCGCACACGUGGCCGACGACGACGUGUGUCAACAGACGGCUUACAUACUCUUCUACCAACGCAGGACAGCCAUUCCCUCUUGGUCGGCCAACAGCUCCGUUGCAGGCUCUACCAGUUCUUCUCUGUGCGACCACUGGAUCAACAGGCUACCCGGGAGCAGACCUGCUAGUCUAGCGUCAGGCGCCUCGUCUAGACGCACCUCACUGGCUUCGCUGGCGGAGUCGGUGGAAUUCACCGCAGAGCGUAGCGAAGACGACGGCGGUUUCUCCGUUCGACCCUUCGUGAGGAGCAUUCAGCGUCAGAGCGUGAGUUCUCGAUCGUCCGUAGCCAGCCCGUUAGCCUUCAGCGACGGCGGCGUCAAACCCUCGUGGUCACUCUCGGCCAAGCUGCAAAUGCGCUCCAACUCUCCCUCCCGCUUUUCUCUGGACUCGCGUUGCUCGCCCCCCCUUGAGAGAAUCGGUGAGUCCUGCGACGACCGCGUGUCUACGUCCUGCUUUGGCAGCUACAGCCGGCACGAGCGCUACUUUGGCAGCAAGACGCCGCUGUCCGUGAUGGAGAGCGAGCAGGAAAACAAUAAAAGAUUCGUGGACAUGAUGUACUGCCGUGCUCCCACGCCCGUGGAGAAGACGACGGAAAACAACAACCAGAUUACAGCGAUAGACCAAAACAUUCAAAACGCCCCUUCGAAAGAUCAGAAGCGCAAGAGCAGCGUUGGCGGUUUCGCGUCCAAGACGGAAAGCGCGAGCGCCACCAAAACCACCAAAGCGGAGCCAGGAAAAAGCUCCAAGAAGCGCCUGUGCUCAACCCACAAGCCUUCGCCUUCGCAAACGCCCGCCAGCACACCUGUGAAAGGGAAAACGGCGCCCGCCGCGAAAGAUAAGAAUGACAAAAAAAGCAUGUCCACUCCCUGCGGGACGCCAUCUAAAACCAAGGAGUCGCUCCCACCCGCAGGCUCCACGCCGCAACAUCGGCUGUGCGUUCGCUCCACGCCUCGAUCGUCAGCAUCACCCUCUCCCACCACCAAGACCCCCGGCGUCCAUGAGAAACUGCCAGAGACCACUCGCAAGCGUCAUGUGGAGAGGAGCUACAGUCGGGAUUCUGUGGUCAGCGCUCAGCGAGCAAGCGUCGCAGCGCGCUCUUCCGUCCCCAAGUCGGCGGACAACAGCCGGCCGGAGCGGAGGUCCGUACGCAGCUCUAGCAGCAGCUCCUCCGUCACCAGCCUGCGCUCGCCCAGCGUGUCCGCCAGAGACCCCCAGCGUGGCAGCAAGUCCGAGGAGAAAGGCUUGUCCUUCUUCAAGAGCGCCUUGCGACAACGGGAAAGCCGCCGGUCGGCCGACUUGGGGAAGAGCGCCCUGCUCUUCAAAAAGGCUUCGGAGAGGACGUGUAAGCAAAACGGACAGGUCAAGGAGACUUGCAACCAACAAGCAAAAGCGCCGGACGUCGCGGCGUUCCCGCCGCCCGCAGACGCUCCAAAAUCGGAGCCCAUCAAGCCCACGGGCUCCCUUGGUCGCUCCCUGCUCCACGUCGGCAAGUCCAAGUCUUCCGCCGCGGACGUGAGUCUCAAGUCUCCCGCGAAUGGGAAGAAGCCCCUGGAAAAGAAGACCUCUUCCCGGAAGCUGUCGUUGGGCACGCAGUAGCCCGAGUAACGCAGCGAACGUACGUACACCUCUGUCUAAAUGCAGCUACUGUACAUUCUUUGUGCCUACCUUCUAUUCAUAGCGAUAAGUAUUCAAACUUGACACACUCACACACACAAAAAAAAAACCAUUUCACCCGAUUGAGGAAUUUAAAUCCUAGCCAAGGCUGGAUUUACACUGCAGAUCGAUGUGCCCAAUUCCCAAUAAAUGUCUUGCUCUGCACCCAUCUUGUAGCAUCUUGGCACCAAGAAACUAAGUUGAAGAAAUAUGAGGAGUUUCUACUGCAUUUAUAUUAUUUUCCUGGUCGCCAAGGCACCCCCAUUUGCCCAAAAUGUAGUGCACACAACAACACAGCUUACUACAAUCUGGCCAAUUGUUUGACUAGCCUUUAUUAUCUUGUGGAACUACGUUGAGGUCAGCUGAUGAGCUUCAUUUUGAUAAAAAGUGGUUUGAAAGCUAUUUGCAAGCGUCUACAUAAUUAUGAACCUUUUUGGCGAAGGUAUUAGUUCGUUUUUCAAUAUUCUUAGCAGGGUUUGGUCCAAUCAUUUUUGUUGUUGUCGUUUUUUUUAACAAACAUUUCAACUGACACAUAUCAAUAUGGUUGUCUUUAUAGUGACAACACGAGACACUGAAAUUGCACAUAAUACAACAGUAUGUAAAUAUCAUAAAUAUUAAACAUUUCAUAGCGUCUAGUUGACCUUGACUAUUGAAGCUUAUACGGACCAUUUUUAUUUGCCGAUUUUUUUUUCUUUUUUGCUGUUUAGAUUUACACCAGGUGUUUUUUUCCCAACUGUUUUUAUUUGUGUUGUUUGGGCAGAUGCAGGUGUGUGUGUGUGUUUACCUCAUUUCGAUGACCUCGGGCCAGGGUGUAUCCCAUCUGUGGUCUUGUGCCGCAUUCACUUGGACAGAUAUUCGAUAUGUAUCCGAUUUUUGUCCACACGUAGAUUUUGGUUGAUGUCGCAUAUCCUAAUGGUGCCCCAUCAGAGCAGAAAAAAAUAUACAUUAGAGUUGUGUCACUGGAAGCAUGCAGUGUAAACCCACACUCAAUGAACCCCCCCCCCCUCCCAAAAAUUGGCUCUCAAUAUAAAUGUCAUGCAAAGCUCUGGAGGAAAAAGCGCUUUGAUUAAAAUGAAAAACGGUCACUAUAAUUAACAUAUGAAAACCCACUGUAAAAUAGUCCAAAUUUUCUGAUAUUUAAACAGCUAUUUUUGUUGAAAUUUUGUGAUAGAAACGUCUUUUAUGAGCUUUUUUUUAACUUAAAAAAAGAUGAGUUUUGGAAUGACACCCUUUAAAAUAAAUAAUCAUAUAUAUUUAGUAGCUAUAAAUGCAUUUAUAUAGAAAGUACAGUCUACAGUAUGAAGUGUUUUUAUGUCUUUCCAAAAGGAAAACGAUCGUAAGCGCCUUUUCAACACUAAUAACGCAAACCGAUACUAGUCGACUACUGUAUGCAUCAUGAAGUAGGAAUGUCAUAUUGGUCUGCACUUUGUGAGUAGAUGACUAGUUUCCUCUCCCUCCAGUAACUCACCGUAAGCGAUAACACUACAAACUUAACAAUGUAACCUUUUCGGGGAUCUUCUCAGCAUCGUGUAGUUUCAUGCCUUAGAUUUAUGACUAGAAGAAAAGGGUACUUUCUCCGCGUGGUGCUAAUGACGGGACACCGCUCUACUCCGACUGCUCAAUUUAAAAGCAGAACUCAGAAGAACCCAGUCGGCAGCAUCUCUCCUAACCUGUGGUACCUCUCGCUUGGUGUACUUUUUAGAUGUUCAUAUGCCUGAAAAUAUAUCUUAUUGCGGUCUCAUCACAUAUUUGCUAGAAAAACACACACACACAAAUGUUCUCAUCUCAUCCGACUCAUUUACAUUUCCACUUGUCGAACAGAAAUUUUUUUUUUUUCGAAAAUCAAAAGACAAGUUUGUUUUGUUUUUUUAACCGGCAACUGGCCGUCAUUCGCUUCCAUAUUAACCUCGACACGGUGACGUGUGUCCAUAUCAUAUCGCACUUUCACAUCGACUAUUUACCCGACUUCCCCCUUCUUAAACGCGCGCAUUGCUCUUUCAAAACGGCAAUAAAUUUGUCUUCCCGUCAUCUUCAAGUAGCAUCAGCUCGCAUUGGAGAAAUCGUAGCCGCGAUUCGUAGGGAUGUACGGAAGGCACGCAUGUACAGUAAACGCUCAAGCAUGCUCGUCAUGAACUAUGCAAAUCUCGAGUGCUUGGGCACGCCGCCGAAUAUCACGCAGCUUCAUUUGCACACUUCACGCACAUCAUCGCCAUUCUUAUAUCGCCACUUUACUUUAAGCUCUCUGGGUGCUCCAAUACAAAAAUAUAUCUAGCCAACCAACCAUCCAUUUUCUAAUCCGCUUAUCCUCGCAAGGGUCGCAGGCAUGCUGGAAUUUAUCCCAGCUGUCUUCGGGCAGCAAGCGGGGUACACCCUGAACCUGUUGCCACCCGAUCGCAGGCCCACGGAUAGUCGGACGACCAUCCGCGCUCACAAUCACACCGAGGGACAAUUUAGAGUGUUCCAUUAGCCUACCAUGCAGGUUUUUUGGAAUGUGGGAGGAAAUCUGAAUACCCGGAGAAAACCCACAUAGGCACAGGGGGAGAACACGCAAACUCCACACAGGAAGCCCGAAGCUCGGAAUUGAACUCUCUGCACUGCACUGUGAGGCGGACGUGCUAUGCUAACCAGUCAACCACCGUCACAAAAAAAAAAAAAAAAAGACCCCCCCCACACACACACACACACACACAGUUGUACACCAGCAGGGCACAACACUACGGCUGUGAUGUUUUGUUUGUUUCUAAAAAUGUUUAUAACAUUGUGUAUUUAUGUCAGGCAAUCAAUAGUUCAUGAGUAGUUUGUGCAGAAAAAAGCAAUAACCUCAGUAAUACAUUUCUAGUUUUGUACGAUAGUAUAACGCUCAACUGUGUAGAAAUGAUGGAUGUGUGAUCAUCACGUCAUGACACUAAAUGACAAAAGAUCUGCUGGUAAUGUAUACAUAACCGAGAAUGCUUUUUUUUUUUUUACUUGCAGUGCAUAUAUGAAAUGUCGAUAGCCUUGAAAAAGUAUCACAUAUAUUGAAUGUUUUUGAGAAACCUUAUUAACUAAGGAGCUGUAAAAGUGAUUGAAUGUGUUUUUCUUAACUGCAAUACAUUUCCUUUUGUUGCUGUUGUUUUAAAAAUAAACCAACUUCAAUUUAGGACACUGAAACGCUGACUGAAUGCACAGCCCGUCUAAGUUGUAUUCUGUUAAUAGAUGUGUACAAUCCACUUUUUACCAUUGUUUUUUUUUUUUUAAAUAUUUUGUCAUGCCAGUUUAUUAAGGAUAACGCAACAACUUGCAAUAAAUCUACCCCGGCCCUGUC